AUGGGGGUGACGGGAGGUGGUGAGCAGCUAAAGAAGCUGGCGGCAGAGGGGGCCAAGAGGCCGAAGAAGCCGGUGGUGGCAUCGGUGGUGGAGGCAAAGUACUCUAACCCCCAGGCAACACUACCCAGAGAUCCUUCCAGCCCUUCUCUUGAAGCUGGCCCACGGAGCACCCAAGAAAGACUUGUGCAGCCAAGAAAAAAAGUGAGGGGCCUUCUCCUCUGCUAUAUUUCUGAUGUCAGUGAAGCACUGAAUGUGACAGUCUCACCAGGACCAACAGUGCAAUACUUAGAGGGAGACAAUGCUACCCUUUAUUGUCAUGUUUCUCAAAAGAGGAGGAAAGACAAUUUACUGGCUGUCCGAUGGGUUUUUGCCCACUCACCUACACAGGAGCAUCUGAUGAUCAAAAUGACUAAAUUUGGGGUUGUCCAGUACUAUGGAAAUUAUACCUACCAUUUCCACAAGAAGAGACUUCGCCUUCUCAAAGAAAGACAUGGAACAAUGUACAAAUUCCUCAUUCUGAAUCUCCAGCAAACAGAUCAAGGACACUAUAUAUGCAAAGUCCAGGAAAUUGGCAAACAUAAGAAUAAAUGGACGGCAUGGUCAAAUGGCACAGCAGCCACUGAAGUAAAAGUGGUUUCAUCAAAAGCAUCAGAUGAUUCCACUUUCAAGAAAAACCAUGAGGCCUGGAAAUUUUUUGAAGACUUGUACAUAUAUGCAGUGUUUGUGUGCUCCAUAGGGAUUGUCAGUGUUCUCCUUUUUACACUCGUCAUUCUUUGUCAGUCCCUACUGAACAAGAGAAGAUCCAGAGUGAAACAUUACCUGGUGAAAUGUCCUCAGAACAGCUCAGGGGAGACUGUCACUAGUGUGACAAGUCUAUCCCCUCUACAGCCCAAGAAAGUAAAGAAAAAGAAGGAGAAAGUAGAGCAACCACCAGCUGUCCCAGCAAAAGCUCCAAUAGCCAACAAUUUUCCUAAACCUAAGUUGCUGAAACCUCAGAGAAAAGUGAUUCUGCCAAAAAUUGCAGAGGAGACUUUAACAUAUGCAGAACUUGAGCUGAUCAAGCCCCUGCAGGAAGCCAAAGGCAUCCCCACUACAACAGUCUACGCACAGAUCCUCUUUGAGGAGAAUAAGUUGUAAAAGCCUGUGUCUGUAAAUAUAUUCUUUGUCUGUUUUCUAUGUAAUUCUUGCUGUGCUGUUUAUUUAUAAAAAUCUUACAAAUGUCCUUAUUUUUUUACUUCCAUUCAUGUACUUCUGUACUUUUAUGAGACUUUUUCUAAACCUGUAGUUAAAAGGAAUCACAGUGAUGGCAAAUGAUAAACAACAGCCCUUUCAAAAGCUCUUGGUGCCUUGGUUUCUAUAGACUAAUGUACUACCUGGGCCAUUUUGAAUGCUAAGUGCAAAAGAGACCAGUGGAAACCUCAUUUCCACACAAGUCAAUUCUAUACCUAGUGCAAGAGUAGAGCUGGUCAAGGAUUUGCCAACAGUUUUCAAUGAGAAAUUCCAGUUCAGCAGUACUGGGACUUUUCCCAGGAAAGCAUCAAGCUCAAUGAAUAUCUUUUCAGCUUGAGAAAGCUUUAACAUUUUUGAGAAAAAUAUAAUGUUUUGAUUUAAACCCCUAUGUUGCUCUGGGGUGGGGAUUUGGGGAAGGGAAAGGGGGAGGGAGGCAUUUUUUAUGAUUUGGCUUUCUGUCCCAGUUUGGAAUGGGAAAAAUUCUUAAUAGCUCCAUUUUGUUUGCAAAAUGGAAGAACAGUUUUAUGCCCAGCUCCAGGCUUCUCUCUUCCCUCAACCCUGUAUAAACCUCCUGCAUGGCACCUGAGUACCAAAGUGUCCAAGGAGGGGGGAAGCUUUAAGAGCCCCUCUCCUGCAGUUCUCUGUAACAGCACAUUCUUCAGCCUCUCUCCACCACCAAGUGGAGUCAUUCCUUGACAAGGACCAUGGCUGGGGCAGAGCUAAGAGUAGGCUCUAGAGCCUCUGUCCUGUGAGGAAGAAUCUAAGUAUUACAUAUCUCUUAUUUCCACCAUCGAUACGUGGGCUGGUGAGGGAAGUGCACCUCCUGAUGGUGUCUUUUCUUAAGGAAAGGGCUUGCUCCUUCAGCACAGAGCCAUUUCUCUGAGCCUUGGCUAAUUUCCACAAUAGAGCCCUCCACUAAGCUGGGGACCGAACUCUUUUUGGUGCCUUAAAGGAUUCUGACCUUUGAGUCAUGUCUAUCUUUAAUUACAGAAUGUGUGGAACACUAAAGCCAAGACAGGGACCUAAAAUUAAGUGGUUGAGUCCAUCUUUCAGAGCAGGGGACCUGAGUUUUCAAAUGUGCUGAGCCCUCAACAGGUCCCAAGGUAAGGUCUAAGCUUGUGAAGAAGAAAUACUCAACACGUCCUCCUUCCAUUCUAAUGCAUACCCAGCCCCACUUUGUUCUCAACCCUGCAGCUCAAACUUUCAGGAUCCAGAACCCUUUCUGCUCUCACUAGAACACCCAAAACAUGCCUAAUAUCUCCUAGGCACUGAAAAUCCAUCUACAGCACUGACACUUUUCAACCCAAUUCAGCUGCCUGAUUUCCAUCCCAUAUGCCAGUAUUUCCCAACCUUUUCCAGCCCAAGGCACACUUACAUUAAUAAAAAUUUUCCGCAGCACACCCGUUAAGGCAUUUCCCAUCCUCAUACCUAUCGUAGCUUAUUGCCAUGGCAAAGUUCUGCGGCAAACCUGUUCAUUUCUGACAGCACACUUUUGUGCUGCGGCACACUGGUUGGGAAACAUUGCCAUAUGCACAUAGCUGUUGCUGAACCUGGAAAAGCAAGUGCAGAGGCCAUGGGCUGGGACUCCAUAGGAUGCAACAUCUGUAUAGUUGCUCAAUGGCAGCCAACAUGACUGCUCCUAGUUCUGCAUCCUUCUUCUUCUACAAUCUGAGCAUGAAGCCAUGACAUCCAGCAGAGCUGUGCCGGGGUGUUUGAGUGCUGUGCACAGGACAGUGGCAGUGGUUACACUGCUGGUGGUGCAGCAACAUCUGGGCUGACAGCAAAGCUGCUGCAUGUUUUGCAGGCAUACUACUCUCCCCCACCCCAGAUAGGCACCCAGGGGUGGUGGCCCACUCGUUCCCUCUUCGUUAUGCUCCUGCCUUUCAGAGUGCCAUAUUGUCCCAGCAUAAACAAGUGGCUGCACAGAUCAGCAGCAAAUGUCCCUAGUUUAUAUUCUCCUUUGUAGCCUAGAGGAAACAUUUUGUAUUCCUAUGGAUGCAAUUCCACCACAGCAUUAGGGUCCAGAUUUGCCCAAGGUUGUGAGAAGCAGACCUGCAGGGGGUAAGUUUGGUUCUGUUCCUGUUUGAUUACUUGUCUUGAGCAAGAAAUGCAAGCACUGUAGCUUGGGAUGCAUUUACAGGCCAAAGCACAAAACCUGGGGAGAAGUACAAGCCAUUUCAAGGUGACAGUUGCAUAUAAUCCAGCGUGCAGUAGCUAAUGGUUGUCAGCCUUCCGUUACUACCCAAAACUCUGAACAGUUCAUAUUGUUUGGACCAUCCGACUCACCCUAACUGUAUAAAGUAUUACAACGGAUUACAAUUACAUGUUCAAAGUAAAAUGAGACAUUUGCUCCUAAAUCUGUCCAAUGCUUUUAAAAAUCAUUCCCUUAUAUUCUUACAUCACUUUCCCAGUGGAUUCAUUUUUGGUUAAGAUUGUGAUCUGCUGUCCUGUCUUCAGUCUGUUUAGGAAACCAAGGGUGUGCUCUGAGAUGCAAAUGAGCAGAUCUUGCCAGUGGUCAUCAUGUACCAUGUUUGGCAUGUACCAUUCUUGUGCCAGUCUGACUACGCCAAGUACUAUUUUUUUUCUUUUUUCAAAAUAACCAUGCCAUGAAAUGCCAUGAAAGAUGGCUAUAAUAACAACCCAUUACUUAAGGUUCAAAUAGUGAGGCUUCCCAACACUUGAGUAUUACAGUGCAGUUCUUAAACACACAAUAUUACUCAUGCAGGACCUUUGUCUCAUCCAUUACAUGUCUAAGCUAGCAAAAGUUUUGUAUGUGAAGCGAGCACAAUUUUGCCUUUUAUGAGGAUUCCCUGGUAACAUUUUUGUACACAUUUUUCCUAGGGUCUUGGGUUCUGUUGCAUGUGUAAAACACCAUCAUGUAAACACGGCGCACAACAUUCAGUCAUCUGUAUGUUACCAAAUUAUUGAAAUGCCCAUGUCAUGAGAGAACAUGUAAAAAAUAUCUGGUCCAAUUAGUUGUUGCAUAUAAUAUUAAUUCCAAAACAAUAAUACCAAAUUUAAACUCUUCUCAGGCCAACUAUUCAUUCCCAAAUUCACACUUAUUGCUACAAAUAAGUUUUGUUGCUGCAACAAUUUGUUGCAGUUUUGUUGCUGGUAACAAUUUAGUUGAACAGUGUUCAGGCUUGUAAGUUGUUAAGCAACUGUUUAUUUCACCAUUUCAUUAUUCAUAAGAUGUUUUUCUUCCUUUGAAUGGCACAGCAUUCUUUUCAGUAUAGUUUGGUAAGCAUUUCGACCAACCACCAACAAUGGCUAACACCUUUUGAUCAGUAAUAAUAUUUUUUGUGCAAAAAUGUAAGGAUCAUCUCUGGAACAGCCAGAGGUUGACUAUUCUCAAAAUUAAAUUCAUUUUUGUGCAAGAUGACUCCUCCCCCCCAUCAAUCAUCAAUGAAUUGGUAAUUCUUUUUCUUUUAAAUCAUUCAAGUCACACAGUUCUGGGCAUCAGGCUUAUUGUUUAGAAAAAUCCACUACUACAUGUUUAGUCCUUACCCAAUACUUUAAUUAUUUCUGUUGUUCAUGUAUUAAUGUUUUGUAUUUGUAUAUUCUUGUUUAUCAUUGAUAUUGAAUUCCCUAACUUAACUGUUAAUUAAGCUAAAUAAAUUACCUGUUCUUUUUUGGUGAUAGAA